CAAUUUGUCAUGCUUUUCGUGAUGAAUUGAUGAGUAGUUCACUAUAAUGCUUCAAACUGCCACAACGCGACUGUUACCAAGGUAGAUCACUAACACUAGAUCUAGAAUCACAGUACUAAAAAACUAUGGCGACGUGUUAGUUCUUAGCUGCUUCUUCUUCCACCAACGAGGAGCAUCAAAAUGUCCACCAGCAAAAACUCUGACUUAAAGAUGACGUCCCCUGGAGCCGACGGUCUAGCUAGGCCUCUGCUCCUUGCCCGCGAAGAUGUUUUUAGAGGCACAACUUCUUUAGAAGUGUUAAGAGAAACACCGCUAUGGGUACCCUGUUUCAUCAGUUUCCUGUCCCUUUUCGGGUAUUGCGCAGUGGCGAAGUUUCUGGUGGUCGUACUAGCAGAUGUCGGGUUUGACCCUACACAAAUAGCAGCUACGAUUUUCCUGAACCGGUGUGGAAGCAUUUUCGGAACCCUUGUCGUGGCAAGAUACGUGGAUCAGGCUGUGAGGAAGAGCCAGAAGACUGCAGAGGAGGAUCGAGUAGAUGGACGAAGAAGUACUACAACGCCUACGACGAGCUCAUCCACGGUAUUGCACACCAGCAUUUGGUCCUGCAUGCUAGUGGAGCUUGUCUGUUUCACCUUGGUGCCCUUUGCCCUGUUGGUGUUCGCGAGUGCGGGGACCGACGUACAGCUGUACUCGGUGAGUUUUCUGCUGUUUCUCGGGGCGGCAGCGAAUGCGGGCUACGGCAGUCCACUCACUGUUCUAGUGCUGCGAUUCAUCAAGCGAUAUAAUGAGAGAGCAGGGAAACAUUAAGGGAAGAGCUUCUUGAAAAAGUUUUUCACUAUGCUGUAGCUGUUGCUGUGGCAAGUCGAUAUCACAUUACACGGAGAGGAACCCCUAAAACGAGGAGUGAUGAUUUUUGCAGCUUGCUUCUGAAAUCACCUCGUAAGCACGACCUUCAGCAGCAGUGGUCAUCAGCAUUAUACAUAGUGAAAUACUAAUACUUCUUCCCCCCGCCCUAGCUCUAACUCUAGAAUCACCCCACAACAGACUACGGCUCCAUCAUGAAGUAUGGCCCCAUCGGAUGGGGAAGUUCAGCUCUCUUUCUCGGCUUUACCUUUGAUCUUUUCGGAAAGUGGGUAGUGUUCGCGUCUUUCACAAUAUCCUUCGGAUUGGUCACGUUCUUGGCAUUCACGUUUUUUAGAGAUUGUGCGUCAGAGGAUGGUGGAACUAACGAUGAAACUCAAGGAAGACCAGGAGAUAACAAAGCCCACAAGAGGACUACAUCAACUUCUGGUGGCCAGCAGAUAUUCUUGAAGACAUCAACUUGUUCUGAUAGCCAAGGGCAGGAAGCGCCCGAUUAUAUCAGAAGAGCUAGUACUCCAGAAACUGCAUCUUCAUCGAGCAGGAGCACUUCAUCAUUCUAUUCCACGUAUUCCAUCCUGGUUCUCUUACACCUCUGCCUUUACGGCAUCGCCAAAUCCGGAUCCGAUGAUUUCCUCUUCGUUUUUUUGAGGAGAACUUUGCAUGCACCAGCAACGAUCCUAGGCCUCUCAGUCGGCGUCAUGUGCACUGCUGAAGUGCCUGUUUUCAGCUAUUUCGAAUCGAAACUGUUCCCUUUAUUCCGCAAUUCCGUCGUCCGCGUCUUUCUCUUCUGUGAUUUAGUACUUGCAGUUCGAUACUUACUCUACUCCGGUUUGCAGAAUCCAUACCUUGUGCUGUUUAUCGAGCCUUUGCAUGGAAUCACGUAUGCGCUGAUGUGGCAAGCGGCAGUGCGGUUUGCGACAAACAUCUCAACAGAGCAAACGAGGACAACUGCACAAGCACUUGUGGGAGCUUCCUAUCGCCAGUUUGGACUGAUGCUGGGGUCACUGAUCUGGGGUCCUCUGUCUACGGCCUAUGGCUUCAGGGUAGUUUAUUUGGCGUGUUCGCAACUGCUUGUUGUUAUUUGCGGAUUGUUCGGGCUGGCGUUUUGGGGGUUGGCGGGGGUGCUGUAGUAGGUUUUCUCAUUGGGCUCAAGGAAGAGUGAUACAGCUUGUACAUCCGCACAUGGGGAAGCAAUAACCGAAGCGCUAUGAGCACUGACGUGCACCGAAUAUUGGAAAGGUGUGUUCUUGAAAAAGAAAAUAAUAGGAGAGCUGAAAGAACACAAAAAGAACCAUCAACAAGCUUGAUCCGAUCAUCAAUAUGUUGAGGAUAUUUUUCAUGCUCUCCCUCUCGUCGACGCUCAUGAUUUUCAAAUAAGAAGUUCGUCGACGCUCAUGAUUUUCAAAUAACCGAAACUUCUAACCCG